AUGGCUGAAGCAGUCAAGGCAGCGGCUCGCCAGCUGCCGUCCUUCCGGCUCGGCCAGAAAAAGGUUUUUCUGCCAAACCACGUCAUCACCUUGCUGCGAAAGGAGCAUCUGCCCCCCAACGAGGCCUGCUUCCAGGUCCCGCUGCGAUUCACCAAGCUCGACCUCCGCGACUACCUGUGGAACCUGUACAACGUCGAGGUCACCAAGGUCCGGGCCUACGUCAAGCAGCAGCCGUUGACGCAGCGCGAUUCCCACUCGCGCUCCUGGUACCGGCCGCAGUCGCAGAAAAUCAUGACGGUCGAGCUGGCCAAGCCGUUCCAGUGGCCGGACCUGCCGACCGACCUGGAGCCGUGGUCCCACGAGCUGUGGACGAUGCGGGAGGGCUUGAACGAGAAGCGCCGAGAGCAACAGGCCAACAAGAGCGAGUUCAAGAUUCCGCUCAAGAGCGCCGAGCCGUUGUCAAGGGAGAGACGAGAGCUGGCUGCUUUGGCGAAGAAGAUGGUCGAGGGGGAGGUCAAGUGGUCCAAUGAUGUCGUGCUGGAUCCGAAGUGGGAUGCUCUGUUGGCAAAGGAAGGGGCUGCUGCUAGGCCCAAGCAAGCCAAGGCGUUGACGACAAAGGAAUGA